AUGCAAGGAGGAAGAAGAGAUAAUUGGAUAACGAUUCAAAUCAUUAAUUUUUUGAUUUUUGGAAUUUCUGUUCAAGCUGGGAAACCAAAUAUUACGCUCUGUCGUGAUGUCCCAUCGACAUGGUCCAACAUCUCAACACCAGAAGUAGUUGUGCUCCGUGAGCACAAUCUAGACGACAUUCGAAUGACGUCAGCAUUAGACGACGUGGAAUGUUGGAUUCAGAAGAAGUUCCACGUGGCAAAUCAAGAAGUGGUGCGAGUGGAAACGAAAGGAGAUAAUGAGACAAUUUGCUACGCGAUUAGUACGGUAGAUGUGAAGAGAGGACAAAUGAUUGUGGUGAUUAGUGAAGGACAAAGUGCUCAGAAUUGUACACCGAAUAUUUAUGGACCACUUCCCAAUGUUUUGAAUAAAAUUAUGGAAAAAAUGGACCAGACGAUUCCGUGGUGGGUGAUACUGUCGGUGAUGCCAAUGGUCUUCUUUGGAAUUUCGGUUUCGUGCUAUUUGGUUAUUCAACCGCGUGGCGGUCUAACAUACACCGACGAAGAAGUCGAUUUUCAAAUUCAAGAAGUCGAUUCGGCUUCUCGUGUCAACGUCAUCCAACCACCAGCACCUCUUCAGAAUCUCUCAUUUAAAACUGCUCAAGCUCUGCCACGAACGUCUUCAAAAACGACGACGUCGUCUUCUGAAUCAGAUGACGUGGAACCACCGAUGAGAACGGCCAAGGAGGAGACAGAAAACCACCCGAAAACUGCAAUUUCCGGAGAGAUUCCCGAAAAAAUGAAUACAGCAAUUUCGGAAAAAUCAACGAAAACUAUGCGUCUAUCGGCUACUGUAACUAAUACUACUGCUGGAAAUUCGGCUGAAACGAUUUCUUUGAAAACUGGAAGAGAUUAG